AUGGCUAAUAGAAAUCAUGAUAGUCACCGACGAUUAUAUAAUUCAUCUAUAAAAAGUUCCGAUCAACAUCAACAUGGAUCAUUAAAAAUUUUAAAAAAUGAAUUUUCCGAUCUAGUAAAAGAUCCACCAGAAGGAUUCAUUGUUGAACCUGAUCAAAGUGACUUUUUUACUUGGAAUGUUGGAAUUUUCGGUGCACCCGAUACACUCUUUGCUGGUGGUUAUUAUAAAGCUAUACUAAAAUUUCCAUUUGAUUAUCCCUAUCGACCACCAACAUUGAGAUUUCUUUCUAAUAUAUGGCAUCCAAAUGUUUACCCGGAUGGAAAUGUUUGUAUAUCCAUUUUACACGAACCAGGUGAAGAUGAACGUAGUGGAGAAAAAGCUUGUGAACGAUGGAGUGUUGCACAAAAUGUUCGAUCUAUUCUAUUAAGCAUUAUUUCAAUGCUUAAUGAACCUAAUACAUCUUCGCCGGCUAAUAUUGAUGCGAGCCUUCAAUAUAAGAAAUUUCAAAACGAUCCAAUCAAUCAUCCAGCAUAUAAAGAAAAGCUCGACUAUUUAAUUGAAAAAAGUAAAGCAAUAGCUAAAUCAGAAGGUGUUGAAAUUCCUCAAACAGUAGCAGAAUAUACUAAACGAUUCGAUAGAAAAUUACCGAUAACAUCACUAGAUGAUAUGCAAAACUAUUUAUUCGAUGACGAGGAUGAAGAGGAUGAAGAUAAUCAAUCAAAUGAUGAUUAUUCUCAAACUUCACGCACAGAUUCACGUAUUAAAUUGAUAAAUAAUUCUGAAAUAAAAAUUGCCAUCAAAUCAACAACUAAACAUGAUGAUAAUAACAAUAAUAGUUGUGGUGAUUACGAUGGUCUGUCACAUCGAAUAAAAGAAUUUUUUUAA